GUCUGUUUUGAAAAUAUCGCAAAGAUUUAAUUUUUUUUCUUCUCAAGUAGUAAUACCUAAUACGUAAUCAUGCUUCAAGCUAAGAUAGAAUCUUUUAGCAUACCUAAAGUUGUUGAUACAUUAGGAAAUGUCAGAAGCAUUGAUAUAAAAGACUAUCGCAAUAAAUAUGUCGUUUUUCUAACAUUUACUGCAGCCUUCCACGAUAUCUCCACUUUUGAACUGAUCGAGUUCUCCAAAGCUGCCGAAUCAUUCAAGAACGAGAAUGCAGUUCUUCUGGGCAUAUGCAGAGAAACCACCAAUGCUAUUCAAGACUGGAUGGCCAGUAUUCCUGUGGUGUUCCCAGGGGAAAAGGCAAGGUUCGACAUUGUAUCUGAUUUAACAGCCAAAGGAUUAAUCUUUAAGCUGGAAGGAACAGCAGAGAUCGGAUAUCCAGGACCUAUGACUUGUAUAUUAGAUAAGACAGGAUCUGUUCGACAUGUCACAGAGGUUUCAUCAAUCAUAGGACGAAGUGUGGAUGAAACUCUCCGUAUUGUCCAGGCUUUAAAGCUAGUGGAUGAAUAUGGAGGUUCAGCUUUAGCUCCUGGAGACUGGAGGGUCGGAGAACCGUACAUUGGAAAUACAAGAUAUGGAGUAGAUACGUUCUACGCUGCAAGAGCAGGACUAAACUCUAACUUUUUCUUAAAAAUACUCAGGAUGGUUCAAUCCUUUUUCACUCCGAACGAAGAAGAAAUAACAUCGUCAGAAUCUAAUAAGUUUAUGAAGGAACUCCAGUUGACUUUACCUCUGAAAGCGGGUCAAAUUUUGAAAACGGUUCAAAUUCUACCCAUAACAGUAGCACUUUUAUUAGUUCUAGUCCUCGCUCCGGCUCCUACAAUACCCCGGAUACUUUAUCAUUAAACAACCCCAACACAAGAAAACCAUGAUUUGUUUUGAACCAGAUAAUUUCAGAGUUCUGUCUUGAAUUAUAAAAAUUAGAUGUGAUAAAUAGAAAAAUUCAAAACUAUAUAACUUAUUUUGUAAUAAAAGCUUAUAAAAUGUGUUUC